AUGAUUGGUGUAUUUUACAUUUUUAAAUUAUUAUUAAUUAAUUUUCUUUUAAUAUUUUUAUUUUCAAUAAUUUUAAUCGUUCAAGCAACAAUUUCAAAAGAUUUUUCUAACUUUUUAAUCAAAGAAUAUGGAGAGGAAGUAGAAAAGUUAAUUGCUAUAAGAGAUUUGGGUUUUAGUGGAAGUUUUGGGGGUGGACAAGAAAAUGAAGGAAAUGGACGUAUACUAACAAAAAGACGGCCAAUAAUCUUCGUUCAUGGAUUGACAAACGUUGCGGGAACAUACGAAUAUAUUCGACGUUAUUUCCUCACAAAAGGAUAUAAUAAUUCAGAACUUUAUGCAACAACAUAUUCCUAUGGGGUUAAAAGAUCUCUUAGAGAUAAGAUGGAGCGCAGACAUAUAACUCAGAUUCGUCUUUUGAUCGAAGCAGGUUCUCGGUAUAAAAAUUCCAAUAUUGACGUUGUAGCAUUUAGUAUGGGAUCACCUAUGGCAAGAAAAGCAAUACUCGGUGGAAUUUGUGUUGAUACUGGACAAAAUUUAGGACAACCAUUAACUAGUUUAGUCCAUACAUUUAUUGGAGUUGCUGGUGCUAAUAGAGAUGCCGAGCCUUUAUGCAAAUUAUUAUCUUGGGCAGAACCCUGUAAUCAAAUAAAUGGAAUUUCUUGUAACUCAGCAUUUCUGAGAGAUAUUAAUUCAGUGUAA